UAUAAUAUCCGGAGCACACCAUUGGAUCUGUUACUUCAGGACAAACUCUGUGUCAAUAACUACAGUCUGAGCCGAUAUUUCUGUUACAAUCUCUACAUUCCGGUCAUCAUAUUAUGGGCCCUAUUCCUGGGCCACUGGACCGAUGAGUACGGGAACGGGAGGAAAGCCAUAUUCAUCGUGGGCUCGUUCAUCCAGUGCUUGGAAGCGAUCAUCAGUCUCUUGAAUGUAGCACUUUUAGACUCGGAUGUCCGAUGGAUCACCAUCUCAUUCGUGCCGUACAUAGUGUCCGGGUCUAUGGUGUGGAGCAUAGCCUACGCCUAUGUGGCGGCCACUACACCGGCAAACAUGCGACCCAUACGGAUGAUGGCACUGGAGAUUAGCCUCGCUUUGAGUCAUUUAGUGUCGGACAGUGUGUACGGAAGGGUAGCAUUUGACGACCCGAUGUGGACCACAAACCAGAUAUACAGCCAAUCAUUCAUACACGCCAUCAGCGCC